CCAUCCCAUUCCCCUUCGUCGCAGCCUUGGGCUCUCCAGGGCGGUUCACCCACCUUUUCCCUCCGCCCAACAUGGAGGCCUCCGGCUGGCCUCUCUCUCUCGUCCUUCUCCUCCUCCUCUUCUCUUCCUCUGCCUACGCUCUCUCGAACGCCGAAGCGGCCUGGAUCGCCCGCCGCCAGCUUCUGGCCCUGUCAAGGGGCGGCGACCUCCCCGAUGACUUCGAAUUUGAUAUCAAGAUCGACCUCGACUUCGCCAACGCCCGCCUCCGCCGUGCCUACAUCGCCCUCCAAGCCUGGCGCCACGCCAUGUACUCCGACCCCUUCAACUUCACCGGCAACUGGGUCGGCCGCGACGUGUGCAGCUACAACGGCGUCUUCUGCUCCCCGGCUCUCGAUAAUCCCAACAUCGCUGUCGUGGCCGGCGUCGACCUCAAUGGCGCCGACAUCGCGGGCCACCUCCCCAUCGAGCUCGGCCUCCUUACCGACGCCGCGCUCAUCCACAUCAAUUCCAACCGGUUCUGCGGAAUCAUUCCCAAGAGCUUCUCCCGUUUGCAGCUCCUCCACGAGCUUGAUGUCAGCAACAACCGCUUCGUCGGGCCAUUUCCGAUGGUCCUCGUUGGCCUACCGUCUCUGAGGUACCUCGACCUUCGGUUCAAUGACUUCGAGGGUCCCCUCCCGCCGGAGAUUUUCGACAAGGCGCUCGACGCCAUCUUCUUGAACGACAACCGCUUCAGCUCGCCUAUCCCCGACAACUUUGGCAACUCCACUGCGUCCAUUGUUGUUCUUGCCAACAACAACCUCGGGGGUUGCAUUCCGUCGAGCGCCGGAAAGAUGGGAGCCACCCUCAACGAGCUUGUGCUGCUAAACAACGGGCUCGUCGGCUGCUUGCCGGUGGAGAUCGGACUUCUGGGCAACGUGACGGUGUUCGAUGCGAGCUCGAACUCGUUGACUGGCACGCUGCCGACGAGCUUUGCGGCGUUGAGCAAGGUGGAGGAGUUGGACUUGUCGCACAAUGUCCUCACCGGAAUCGUCCCUGAGAAGCUCUGCCGCUUGCCCAGCCUCGCCAACUUCACGUUCUCUUACAACUACUUCAAGGGCGAAGCCGGCGAGUGCGUGUCAUCAUCGAGCUCUGAUAUCGUCUUUGAAGACACAGGCAAUUGCCUUGAGAAGAGGCCCGGGCAGAAGUCGACGAAGACAUGUUUUCCGGUGAUGACUCGCCCUGUGGACUGCAGUAAAGAUAAAUGUGGGUCUUCUCCGAGCUCUUCGUCUCCAUCUCCAGCCACACCAUCAUCUCCGAAAUCUUCACCAAAGCCGGUGACGCCGACAUCUCCAAAACCAUCACCGAAGCCGGUGACGCCGACAUCUCCAAAACCAUCACCGAAGUCGGUGACGCCGACGUCUCCGAAAUCAUCACCAAAGCCGGUGACGCCGACGUCUCCGAAACCAUCACCAAAGCCGGUGACGCCGACGUCUCCAAAACCAUCACCAAAGCCAGUGACGCCGACAUCUCCAAAACCAUCACCGAAGCCGGUGACGCCGACAUCUCCAAAACCAUCACCGAAGCCGGUGACGCCGACGUCUCCGAAACCAUCACCAAAGCCGGUGACGCCGACGUCUCCGAAACCAUCGCCAAAGCCGGUGACGUCGACGUCUCCGAAACCAUCGCCAAAACCAGAACCGGUGACAGCACCAUCACCGAAACCAUCUCUGAAACCAGUGGUGACCUCGCCACCACAUCAGGUGGUAUUCCCAUCGCCGCCACCUCCAGCCCAACAGGAGCCCGCUCCCAAAACUCCACCACCUCAGCCUUCAGAGUCGCCAAGGACACCAGUAAACUCACCACCACCACCUCCCUAUUCAGACUCACCGGUGACACGGACACACUCACCGCCACCACCUCCGCAUUCAGAGUCACCGGUAACACGAGUGCAUUCGCCUCCGCCACCAGAACUAGUGACCGUGCCUCCCCAGUCAGUCCAAUCUCCACCUAUAGUUAACUCACCACCCCCACCAACGGCUCACCCUCCACCUCCGUCAGUAGUGUCACCACCAAAACCAGUAUACUCUCCACCUCCACCAGUAGCCUACUCUCCGCCUCCUCCAAUUAACUCACCACCACCUACAUCGCCUCUAACAUCUCCUACGCCUCCUGUAUACUCACCACCACCACCACCAUUACCAUCAUCAUCCCCACCACCAAUAAACUCUUCACCAUCAGUUGUGCCCUCACCACCAGCAGUGCACUCUCCUCCACCAUCAGUUUACCCACCAACAUCAACACCCGUAGCAUCAUCUCCACCACCACCAAUAAACUCUUCACCAUCAGUUGUGCCCUCACCACCAGCAGUGCACUCUCCUCCACCAUCAGUUUACCCACCAACAUCAACACCCGUAGCAUCAUCUCCACCACCACCACCAGUUCUCUCUCCUCCACCGCCUGUAUCCUCGUCACCACCACCACCAGUGCACUCGCCUCCACCGGCUGCAUACUCACCACCACCACCGGCACACUCUCCUCCACCACCUAUUUACUCACCUCCGCCAACAUCAACAGAAUCAUCUCCAUCACCAAGUCCCUCUUCUCCACCGCUUACGCAGUCACCACCACCAACAUCCAUAGUAUCAUCUCCAUCACCGGUGCACUCACCUUCACCACCACCAUCAUCCGUAGCAUCAUCUUCACCACCACUUGUAUCCUCACCACCGCCUCUAAGCCAAUCGCCACCACCACCAGUUCCCUCUCCUCCACCGCCUGUAUCCUCGUCACCACCACCACCGGUGAACUCUCCUCCACCGGCUGCAUACUCACCACCACCACCGGCACACUCUCCUCCACCACCUAUUUACUCACCUCCGCCAACAUCAACAGAAUCAUCUCCAUCACCAGUUCCCUCUUCUCCACCGCUUACGCAGUCACCACCACCAACAUCCGUAGUAUCAUCUCCAUCACCGGUGCACUCUCCUUCACCACCACCAUCAUCCGUAGCAUCAUCUUCACCACCACUUGUAUCCUCACCACCGCCUCUAAGCCAAUCACCACCACCACUACCACCACCAGUGUACUCUCCUCCACCACUGGUGUCGUCACCGCAGCCAUCGCCUCUCGUCUCCUCCCCAUCACCUGAGUUGGCCGUCCUCCCACCCGUCGGUGGGUUGAGCUAUGCGUCACCACCUCCACCCAUCUACAAAGGCUACUAAGCUGGAGCGCUCCCAUCUCUACAUUCCAUGCACUCCAUAGAGGAAGAUGCCAUCUCUCUUGCUCUCUCUCUCUCAUGCUAAAGACUAAAGAGGGCAUGCAAAAAGAGUGGGACUGAAAUCAAACCGACCGCCGCAGCACAUAAUCUGCAUCUUCUCACCAUGUCGAGGAUUUCUAAAUUUUCAUCUUUUUUGUCUCUUGAUGAUCAAAUACGAGAGCGUUUUUUUU